UUCAAACAUUAUUUUGGCGCUCUUUACUAUUAUUAAAAUAUAUUAUUAUGAAUCAAUAUGGUGUUGCUCACGUACGAUUUUUACAAAAAAUUAUGAGCAAAAGUUUUAUGUAUGGUUCAGAGGUUAAAGAAUAUUUUGAAAAGUGCCUAAAUGCAUCAAAUAUUGAACCACCCGACGAUUUAAAAGAGGGUCUUUUUGAAUUUAUCAAGGCUAUAAAGUUGAAUAUUAUGAAGUUAAAUUACGAUAUUGAGAGAUCUGUCUGUGAAAAGACUGGUAGAAGCUGUUAUGUAUUCUGUUGUAAGAAGGAAUCUUUCAAAGACACUAUCAAGCCAGAACUUCGUCAGUUCCUGACAGCAAUUAUCAAUCAAAUAGUGGAUAAUAAUGGCAGAUUAGGAAAUAUUGCGAUAAGUAACAUUGGUAAUUCGUUUAAUGAGUAUAAACUCUCUGCAGGAGAGUGUGAUGGACUGUGCAGAGAAUUUAUAAAAUCUGGUUGGCUUAUUGAUGACGAUAAUUGCGGAGUUGUUCUAUCCCCGAGAGCUCUUAUAGAACUAAAGGAUGAUUUGAAAGAUAGAAAUGUUCCAGAUUGUAACGGUUGUAAAACAAUCUGCGUUUUAGGAGAUAGUUGUCAACAUUGUGAGACCAAAAUGCACUUUAGAUGUGCUAAAAAAUUAUUUGGAGGAGACAAUGGUAAAUGCCCAAAUUGUUCUGCAGACUGGAUUUUUUCUUAAAUAUACCUCAUAUUUCAGUUGCAAAAACACUUGAAAAAUUAUUCUAUCAGUAAAUAAAC